AUGCAUAUCUCUCUGCGCCAUAUUUUGGCUUCGCUAUCCAUAGCUGCCCUCACUUCUUCUGUAGUCGAAGCUAUCCCAACAAAGAUUCAGCGAGAUUUCGACCCCUCUUUGUUAGCGAAGCGUGCAACAGAUUUGACCCGCGGGGACUUUCAAAACUACGCUUCAUCAGCUAUCAACGCUCUCCAGAAAACCUACUGGAACGCUCCCUCCGGACUAUGGGGCUCCUAUGACAACGGCGGAAAGUUCUCCCCACAGUGGUGGCCUUCCGCCAAUGUCCUUACUAUGAUGGCGAACUACUAUGGAAGAUACCCAACCACAGCUACAUGGAUGCCUGAUGUUUUUGCGACAAUCUUGACGCAUGCCCCCGCGUAUGCGAAAGGAUUUCUUAAUGAUUAUUAUGAUGAUGAACUCUGGUGGGUAUUGGCUUGGAUUCAGGUUUACGAUGCAACUGGAAAUGUUACCUAUCUUAAUACUGCGGCUGCAAUCUACGAAGAUCCCAAGAGUGUUUAUGGUAAUACUCCUUGUGGUGGCUUAUGGUGGGACAAGAACCACGCCGGUGUCAACAGUGUAGAGAACGAACUCUACCUUACCGCCUCCGCCAAACUCGCCAACCGCCUCCCCGCCAAGAAGAAUUCUCAAGGUCAAGGUUACUACUAUUCCCAAGCUCUGAUUGCUUACGACUUCCUUAUCACCAACACCACUACAUCCAUGAAUCCCUCUACUCAUCUUUUCAACGACGGCAUCUCCAUGUCCACAUGCAAAAACAACGGAAAGAUCGUGUUCACUUACAAUCAAGGGAUCAUCCUAUCCGGUCUCACUGAACUCACCUGGAGCACAAGAAGUCAUUCCUACACUGCCCUCGCGGUCCAAAUCGCCAACUCAGUCAUCGCAAACAUGACUACCUCUGCAGGAAUCCUGCAGGAAAAAGCUUGCGAGCCUAAUGCCUGUAAUGGAGACGAACAGCAAUUUAAAGGUGUCUUCACACGCAAUCUCUCAUUCAUGGUCAACAGAGCUACCGGAAUGGACGCAGAUGUUCUCGCCAAGUAUCGAGCCUUCCUAGCGCUCAAUGCAGAGAGCAUUAUUCGCAAGGAUACUAGUAGUGACAAUAUGCUCGGAUUGGUGUGGAGUGGCGCCACCAAACCGGUAUAUAGUGUGCAGAGUGAUGGAAGCGCGCUGGACACGCUUGUAGGAGCUGCGAUCACGGCUUUGGAUUAG